AUGCACGUUUGCACACUCCCUCAGUCCCCGGUGCACAUCGUCGGCGGGCAUCGCCGGUCAGCUUGGUAUCACGGAUUGCCGCGCUGGCGACCAAGCAAGGUGAUCUCCUCGAGACUCGCGACAUCCUCGAAGCGAGACUUGCCUGUUAGGUCUCGGAAGGGCUCUCGGCGUUUUGAAUCGCAGACGAUGGCAUAUACCCCUCAAAAUGGAGGUAGUCAGAGGCCAACAAGCUUCGAUGUGGACGAAAAGCUGCUAGAGGAGAAGGCUUCCAUGGUGGGGGUAUCAGAGUUGGAGGUUAGACCACUGCUCGAUCACGACGACGAGGGCCUCUCUCCAUCCUCGACAGAGCGCCUCCCGCGUAAGCGAUCUUUAAAGACACACUUCCGUAUCCGUCGUCUUUCGCGAUCGCAGCGCAGUCAUCACAACCCGGAAGACAGACAUCUGGAGGAGGAGAAGAAGAAUGGUUUUACCUCUUCUACAAGAAACAAGAAGCAAUCGCCCAGUACUCGCAAGGCACAGAGCGAGGAAGCCUCCGGAAACCAUCGCGUUAGCUCUAUGAAUUGCAUGGCCUACCACAUCGCGGUCGGCCUAUCAUGGAGCAUGCCGGCUCCUUUCGAUAUGAUGCCCACGGGAUACCCGACAAGGUUGUUCUGA